ACUCGCCUCUCUCUGUUUCCACUGUGUUUACUACACUGCCGAGCAUACGGGAGACACUCGUCUUCACAUGCACUGACACCCACUGAGAAAAAAAACAGCUUUUUAGUUGUAUUUGUAAAGAAAAACCUCCAAGAGAUCAACAUGCCCAAAAGAAAGGUAUCUGCAGCAGAGGUAGGGGAUAAGGAAGAGCCCCAGAGGAGAUCAGCUCGGUUAUCAUCGAGACCGAGCCAAGCCAAGCCGGAACCAAAGGCCAAGAAGGCGGUAAAGAAAGAAAAGGCUGUGAACGAUAAGAAGGAGGACAAGAAGACCAAGAAGGCGAAGGAGAACGCAGAGGCCGAGGCGAACGAGGAAAACCACUCUGAGAACGGAGACGCCAAGACCAACGAGGUGGACGCGCCCCCCGAGGAGGCCAAGGAGGAGGCCAAGUCCGAGUAGCACCACUGCCCAAGCUUCCUCCUCCUCUACGACCCCCCCACCCCCUGAACCUCCCCAGCCAACCAGCCAGCCCCCCCAUCCCCACCCCCCCCAAGUCUCUCACAUGGUUUCCCUCCAAGGCGUAUUGUUAACAGAGGAAUAUUUUUAUCAAUGAUUUUAUAAGUAUCCGUACAGAUUUUUAGCACAAAAAGCAAAGCUGAUUAUGGAGCGCCUUGCAGAUUUGCAGUGGUCAUAUCAAGUGUCUGCAAGCAAGAUGAACACACUAAAAUCUUUUUUAAAUGGCAUUUCAUGAUUGUUGAAGGCUUGUUUGGUGUAGAAAGUGCGUCCCUGCCGGAUUGGCUAUGUCGUGAGUUGUGUAUUCCUGUGUUUUUUCCCUCCUUCCCCCCUCUCUUCCUCCUCCUCUCCCUCUUCUUCCUCCACAGAUUAGACCUACAGUUCAGCCUUUAUCCAUGUUUUAUUAACGGUUCAGCCAUGCUAAUGUGGGUGAUUUCUUUUAGACCUCUAAAUGUGCAGUGAGUUCCCUUUUUGCUUCUGUCUAUUUUUUUUUUUUUUUUUCAUUUGAAAUCUGUGUUUAAAAAAAAAAAAAAGCGUGUUGUCCAUAAGAAAGAGGAAGACGAACAUGUGAAACAUUCCGGGAACAGCGAUAUGCCUCCGACCCCGUCUCCUAGACGACCCUGCGUGUGAAAACAGCUCCCGCUCCAUCCACGCUGUCACGUCAGCUUUUCUAAAACACUCUGGUUUUUUUAAAACGAUCGAAUUUGGAAACCCCUUCUCUGACAAAAAUGCAGGUGUCUGGUCCCUCUCUUAUGUUCUGAAAUUCUCUUAAUAAAAACAAGUCCUGGGAAUUUUCCUCUA